CCAACAAAAGAAAAGAAACUUCACGUACAUUGAGCAAUAAUGGCCACCAUUAAUCUUCGACUUACACCUCUACUCUUUCCCCUCUUACUCGCCCUGAGCCUAAUCCAAACCUCUGACGCCGGUGGCAUUGCCAUCUACUGGGGCCAAAGUGGCAGCGAGGGAACACUAAUCGAAACAUGUGCCACCGGAAGAUACGAGUACGUAAACAUAGCCUUCCUCAACAAAUUCGGCAGUGGCCGAAAGCCAGAAAUCAACCUCGCGGGUCAUUGCAACCCAGCAUCCAAUGGAUGCAGGAUUGUUAGCAAUGGCAUUAGAUAUUGCCAAGAGCGUGGAAUCAAGGUGAUGCUCUCCAUCGGAGGUGGAAUUGGAAGCUACUCUCUGUCUUCUGCUAAGGAUGCUCAAAACACAGCACUUUAUUUGUGGAACAAUUUCUUGGGUGGUAAGUCACCAUCACGUCCACUAGGAGAUGCCAUAUUGGAUGGUAUAGAUUUCGACAUAGAGCUGGGCUCCACAAAAUAUUGGAAUGACCUCGCGAGGUAUUUAAAGGCGUACAGCAAACCAGGAAGAAAGGUGUACUUAAGCGCAGCUCCCCAAUGUCCAUUUCCUGAUAGAUUUCUUGGUGCCGCGCUUAACACAGGCCUUUUUGACUAUGUUUGGGUUCAAUUCUAUAAUAAUGCUCCAUGUCAGUAUAGUUCGGGUAACAUCAACAAACUUAUUAGUUCGUGGAACCGAUGGACUAAGUCAUUGAAGGCUGGGAAGUUAUUUUUGGGUUUACCGGCAGCUCCACAGGCAGCCGGAAGUGGGUAUGUUCCACCCAACGUGCUCAUUUCUCAAAUUCUUCCUGUCAUUAAGAAGUCGUCAGAGUAUGGAGGUGUGAUGCUUUGGUCAAAGUAUUAUGAUGAUAAGACUGGAUAUAGUUCUAAAAUUGUGAAAUAUGUUUAAACUGUGUUUCAAUUUGUCUAGUUUAAUUUAAGUGAUAACGAGUUGGAUAUCCAUGUAUGGCUCUCAAAUAAAAAACCCUAGCUAAAUAAAAGAUCUCGGGAUCAGUAUCGUUUAGGGUAUUAAUAAAUAAACCUCAAGUGCGCGCAUGUAUUUCAACUCACAUUUGUAUUAUUGUACUUCGUAUGCUAUGU